AUGAAUCAGGAGCCGCAAACUGACACAGAACACUAUUCGGCAAUUGAAGUCAUCGUCGUCGUUGCCAACGUCGUCAUCGUGAAGUACAUUAAACGUCAUACUGCAUAUCAACACAAGAGUCAUUCAACCCAACAGCGUGUCAGCUCACUGCUGGGGGUCCUCUCCGAGACGGGAAAGGAAAUUGCCCGUGCCAAGCAAACACCUCUCUCCGUUGUUCUAAGUUGCUUGACAGCUAUUCGCCACGCAGAUAUCCUUUUCCUCUCAACGAACCGCAACACCCUUCAACUGACUAAGGGGACAAACGACGUCUUUCUCGCCUUCCCGGGCCCGAGGUUGUUACCCACGCGGAACACAUCAAUCUCUGAGUCUACGGGUACUUUCCUACGCCAUAUCAACGUACUCGAUAAGCCUGCCGAUCCAUCGGCCGCUACUGUCACCGACUUCACUGCCCAGGGACUCGGACCUGCAUUUCGACCCUCAGCUGAUGGCAACAGCGUCACAUCGGAAAAAGGCGCGCUCUGCAUUCUUUCAGGGGCACAACACGAGCCUCUUGAUGAGAUGACGAGCCGAACUUAUCCAGUACCCUUCGUCGCGAAAUCGACGCUUGUCGAGAAAGGGAGCAUAUCCGAUGUGCCCCAAGUCGAGAGCCACGUUGUUGCACAGGCUUUCGACGACGACCCUACGACCUUUUUUACCCACUGA